AUGCAGGCGGCGGCGGCUGCGUCGGUGCCCUUCUUGCUGCUCUGCGCCCUGGGGACCUGCCCCCCGGCACGCUGCGGCCGGGCAGGAGACGCCUCGUUGACGGAGCUGGAGAGGAGGAACGAAAACCGCUUCCUGGAGCGCCAGAGCAUCGUGCCACUCCGGCUCCUCUACAGCUCGGGCGGCGAAGACGAAACUGGACACGACGCACUCGACACGCGGGUGCGGGGCCACCCCGGCGGCGGGCAGUUGACUCAUGUUGACCAGGCAAGCUUCCAGGUUGAUGCCUUUGGAACAUCCUUUAUUCUUGACGUCGAGCUAAACCACGAUUUGCUGUCCUCUGAAUACGUAGAGAGACACGUUGAACAUGGAGGGAAGACGGUGGAAGUUAAAGGAGGAGAACACUGCUACUACCAGGGCCACAUCCGAGGAAACCCUGCUUCAUUUGUUGCAUUGUCCACGUGCCACGGACUUCAUGGGAUGUUCUAUGAUGGGAACCACACCUAUCUCAUUGAACCAGAAGAAAAUGACACCUCCCAAGAGGAUUUCCAUUUUCAUUCAGUUUACAAGUCCAGACUGUUUGAAUUUCCCUUGGAUGAUCUUCCAUCUGAAUUUCAACAAGUACACAUUACUCCACCAAAAUUUAUUUUGAAGCCAAGACCAAAAAGAAGUAAACGGCAGCUUCGUCGACAUCCUCGUAACAUAGAGGAGGAGACCAAAUAUAUUGAGCUGAUGAUUGUCAACGAUCAUCUAAUGUUUAAAAAACAUCGGCUUUCAGUUGUACAUACCAAUACAUAUGCGAAAUCUGUGGUGAACAUGGCAGAUUUAAUAUAUAAAGACCAACUGAAGACAAGGAUAGUAUUGGUUGCUAUGGAAACCUGGGCAGCUGACAACAAGUUCGCCAUAUCUGAAAAUCCAUUGAUCACUCUACGUGAGUUUAUGAAAUACAGGAGGGAUUUUAUCAAAGAGAAGAGUGAUGCAGUUCACCUUUUUUCGGGAAGUCAAUUUGAGAGUAGCCGGAGCGGGGCAGCUUAUAUUGGUGGGAUUUGCUCGUUGCUGAAAGGAGGAGGCGUGAAUGAAUUUGGGAAAACUGAUUUAAUGGCAGUUACUCUCGCCCAGUCAUUAGCCCAUAAUAUUGGUAUUAUCUCAGACAAAAGAAAGUUAGCAAGUGGUGAGUGUAGAUGUGAGGACACAUGGUCUGGAUGCAUAAUGGGAGACACUGGGUAUUAUCUUCCUAAAAAGUUCACCCAGUGUAAUAUUGAAGAGUAUCAUGACUUUCUGAAUAGUGGAGGUGGUGCCUGCCUUUUCAACAAACCUUCUAAGCUUCUUGAUCCUCCUGAGUGUGGAAAUGGCUUCAUUGAAACUGGAGAGGAGUGUGACUGUGGGACGCCGGCAGAGUGUGUCCUUGAAGGAGCAGAAUGUUGUAAGAAAUGCACCUUGACUCAAGACUCUCAAUGCAGUGAUGGUCUCUGUUGUAAAAAGUGCAAGUUUCAGCCCAUGGGGACCGUGUGCCGAGAAGCAGUAAACGAUUGCGAUAUUCGUGAAACGUGCUCAGGAAAUUCAAGCCAGUGUGCCCCAAAUAUUCAUAAAAUGGAUGGAUAUUCAUGUGAUGGUAUUCAGGGGAUUUGCUUUGGAGGAAGAUGUAAAACCAGGGAUAGGCAAUGCAAAUACAUCUGGGGGCAAAAGGUGAUGGCAUCAGACAAAUACUGCUAUGAGAAACUGAAUAUCGAAGGGACGGAGAAGGGGAACUGUGGGAAAGACAAAGACACAUGGAUACAGUGCAACAAACGGGAUGUGCUUUGUGGUUACCUUUUGUGCACCAAUAUUGGUAAUAUCCCCAGGCUUGGAGAACUUGAUGGUGAAAUCACAUCUACUUUGGUUGUGCAGCAGGGAAGGACAUUAAACUGCAGUGGUGGGCAUGUGAAGCUUGAAGAAGAUGUCGAUCUUGGCUAUGUGGAAGAUGGGACACCUUGUGGUCCCCAAAUGAUGUGCUUAGAACACAGGUGUCUUCCUGUGGCUUCCUUCAACUUUAGUACUUGCUUAAGCAAUAAAGAAGGCACUGUUUGUUCAGGAAAUGGAGUUUGCAGUAAUGAGCUGAAGUGUGUCUGUAACAGACACUGGAUUGGUGCAGACUGCAGCACAUACUUCCCUCACAAUGAUGAUGCAAAGACUGGCAUAACUCUGUCAGGCAAUGGUGUCGCUGGUACCAAUAUCAUAAUAGGCAUAAUCGCUGGCACCGUCUUAGUGCUGGCCCUCAUAUUAGGAAUAACUGCAUGGGGUUAUAAAAAUUAUCGAGAACAGAGACAGUUACCCCAGGGAGAUUAUGUAAAAAAGCCUGGAGAUGGCGACUCUUUUUAUAGCGACAUUCCUCCUGGAGUCAGCACAAACUCAGCAUCUAGUUCUAAGAAGAGGUCUGCUUUUCUGUCGCAUUUUCAGAUUUCUACCUGUUCCAUCACACAUUAUUCCAUUAGUCAGAACAUUUCAUUAUUUUGCAGCAGGUCGAAUGGACUUUCUCAUUCUUGGAGUGAAAGGAUCCCGGACACAAAACAUAUUUCAGACAUCUGUGAAAAUGGACGACCUCGAAGCAACUCUUGGCAAGGUAACCUGGGAGGCAACAGAAAGAAAAUCAGAGGCAAACGAUUUAGACCUCGGUCUAAUUCAACUGAGUAUUUAAACCCAUGGUUCAAAAGAGACUAUAAUGUAGCUAAGUGGGUAGAAGAUGUGAAUAAAAACACUGAAGGACCAUACUUUAGGACUCUGUCUCCUGCCAAGUCUCCCUCUUCAUCAACUGGGUCUAUUGCCUCCAGCAGAAAAUACCCAUACCCAAUGCCUCCACUUCCUGACGAAGAGAAGAAAGUGAACCGACAAAGUGCCAGGCUAUGGGAGACCUCCAUUUAAGAUCCACUGUUUACAUGUGAUACAUCAAAACUGUUUACUUCAACUUUUAUAGAAACCCAGCCUCAUGGAAUCACUGCAAAUCUAUCUGCUCUUCAGACAAUACAAAGACCCUCUGAGAUGCCCCAGAGGAGAGGAAGCCGAGUCUCACAUCUGGGUACCAUUUUCUUUUUGUCAUUGGCUUAGGAUCUAAGUGAACCCUGGAAAGAACUACUGAAAUGUUACACUAUAACAGGGGAACAAUAAAGGUAUUGGUAUGCUCCUGGAUAA